AUGACCGACAAAAAAGACACAGAUGACACAAUUGACUAUGAUCAAUCCGGCGGCGAAGUUGUCAACAAAAGCGACCGAUACCACGACCAUGAAAGAGCCAUUCAGGGCAACGAACACUUUCAUCGCCUUGGCUGGAAGCGUCUUACAAUUGUACUCAUUGUCCAAUCGAUCGCAUUGGGAAGUCUGAGUCUUCCAGCAGCGUUCGCAACACUAGGCAUGGUGGCCGCAGUCAUUUUGUGUAUUGGGUUAGGACUGAUCGCCGUUUAUGCAAGUUACAUGGUCGGGUUGACAAAGCUCAAAUAUCCACAUGUUGCUCAUUAUGUUGAUUUCGGUCGUCUAUUGAUGGGUGGCUUUGGCGAUAAGCUCUUCAGUGUGGCAUUCAUUGCGUUAAUGACUUUGACAGUUGGGUCGCAUUGCCUGACAGGAAAAUUAGCCUUUGCCACACUCUCAGACAACACUGUAUGCGCCCUCAUAUUCAGUGUUGUAUCCGCAGUCAUCCUGUUCGCAUUUGCCAUACCGCCAUCAUUUGCAGAACUCUCGAUAUUGGGAUUCAUCGACUUUGGAUCUAUCAUUGUGGCAAUUGGAAUCUGUAUAAUCGCAACCGGAGUUCAGCAGGGUGACCCACUUGCGCCAGCCUGGUCUGCAUGGCCUCAAGAUGACUUAAGUCUGAGCAAGGCUUUUGUUGCCAUCUCGAAUAUUGCGUUCGCUUACGCCUUCGCUGCCUCUCAGCCUUCAUUUAUGGAUGAGAUGCAUACACCAGAAGACUUCACCAAGUCUAUAUCGACAUUGGGCAUAGUGCAAGUCACUAUCUAUACACUUACAGGGGCAAUUAUCUAUGCGUUUGUCGGACAGGACGUCGGUUCUCCCGCACUAGUAUCCGCCGGUCCCCUUUACGCUAAGGUUGCGUUUGGUAUCGCUCUACCAGUGAUUUUUAUCUCCGGGUCUAUCAACACAACCGUCGCCUGCCGCUACAUUCACGGUAGAAUUUAUCAAGAUUCUGUUGUCCGUUAUGUGAACACUACGAAAGGAUGGGUGACCUGGCUGACCAUUGUCGCCGUAAUUACUGUCCUGGCAUGGAUCAUCGCAGAGGCUAUUCCGUUCUUCUCCGAACUACUCGCUAUCUGUGGCUGUCUGCUUGUUUCUGGAUUUUCAUUCUAUGUUCCUCCCAUCUUGUGGUAUUUUCUUCUGAGGGAGGGAAGCUGGUAUGAGAAGCACAAUAUCCGCCACGCAAUCCUGAAUCUACUUGUGUUUCUUGUUGGUAUCUGCAUUCUUGGAUGUGGCCUUUACGCAAGUAUUACCGGAGUAGUGAGUUACUACCUUUCUGACCAAAGGUUGCGUUGUGUUUAUACUGACUUAACAGAUGUCUGCAUUCAAAACCGGUUCCAUAAGUAG